GUUUCUAUCAAAAACGCUGGAAAGGUCUACGACAUUGAGCUUGAAGCUGAUGCCACGGGUAUAGAUUUCAAGCAAAAGAUCCAGGAAUUGACCAGUAUUCCACCUAAUAGACAGAAAAUCUUAGUAAAAGGUGGAAAGGUCAAUGAUACUGACAAUGUUUCUGCAAUUGUAGCCAGUGCCAAACAACCUAUCAUGGUGUUGGGAACUCCCGACAAGAAUCUUCCCUCAAAGCCCAUAGAGAAACAAGUUUUUUUGGAGGAUUUGAAUCUGAACCAGUUGACAAAUGUGUCGAAUGACCCUUCAGGAUUGGUGAAUUUGGGGAACACGUGUUAUUUAAACUCUUCGCUCCAGACCUUGUUUAAAAUUGAAGAUGUCAACAAGAAGGUUAGUCUGUAUCAGGCUGGUAGAUCUUCUGGUGUAAGUCCAACCAAUGCCUUGGUCGUGGGUUUGAAAAGUUUAGUAGGUCAGAUGAGCAAGAAACAGGAGAAAGUUAAUCCUACUUUGUUUCUCGCUCUUUUUAGAAACCAAUUCCCUCAAUUCGCUGAAAGAGACAACCAUGGCUUUUACAAGCAGCAGGAUGCCGAAGAAGCCUUUUCACAGAUCUUGCGGGUUUUAUGUGACGAAUUGAAAAUAGAGGACUCGUUCAGACUCACGUUCAAUACCGAUACCAAGUGUCUUGCCUUGCCUGAAGAAGAGCAUGUUUUUGGCGUUGAGGAGUCACUCAAAUUGAACUGCCAUAUCGACAUCAAGACCAACUUUCUCCGAGAUGGCUUAUUGGCCGGAUUGAAAGAUACCAUGGAAAAAUACAAUGAUACAUUACAGAGCAAUGCCGAGUACGAAGUCUCGAAAAAGAUCACCAGAUUGCCAAAGUACUUAACUGUUCACUUUGUCAGAUUUUUCUGGAGAAGAGACACCCAGAAGAAGUCCAAAAUUCUCAGAAGAGUUCAAUUUCCAUUUGAGUUGGACUUGUCAGAAAUGUUGGAUGAUUCUAUAAAGUCUGACAAGGUCAGUAUCAGGGACCAGUUAAGAAAAAUCGAAAAGGACAACUUAGAUUUGAUCCGGGACUUUAAGAAAGCUAAAAAAGAUACCACAUUGAACCCAUUAGAACAGCAGGAGGAAGACGAGAUGAAGUUGCUUUCAAUCAAGUCCAAGUUUUCCGACUCGUUUAAGUCCAUUUUGCCUGAAGGCUUCAAUGUAGAAGAAACUUCUGAAAACCCUUCUUCUGUAUACGAGUUAAGUGCUGUAAUCACCCAUGCUGGUUCUUCUGCUGAUUCUGGCCAUUAUCAGUCGUUUAUCAAGGAUGAUCUGGAUUUGGAUGGUGAAAGAUGGUGGAAAUUCAACGAUGACAAAGUCAGUUCCGUUAAUAAGGAAAAGAUCGAGUCGUUGGCUGGAGGCGGUGAAAGUGACAGUGCCUUGAUUUUGAUCUACAAGGGACUUGGAUUGUAG